AUGCAGAAUACACUCCUGGUGAUCCAGGUGGAGACAGUUAGAGAGCUCCUCCUCCAUCUGGAAUGUCACAAGUCCAUGGGACCAAACAGGCUCCACCCUCGGGUACUGAGGGAGCUGGCGGGGGUGAUUGCUGAGCUGCUCUCAGCCAUCUACCAGCACUCAUGGUUAUCUGGAGAGAUCCCAGAAGAUUGGAGGCUCACCGAUGUGACUUCCAUCUACAAGAAGGGCUAUUACAGAACAGGUCCUUGUUUCACACAAGUUAAUAACCAGAUGUGUCAAGGCCAGCUAACCGGAAUAGUUUGCACGAAAACCCUCUGUUGUGCAACGAUCGGGCGUGCAUGGGGUCACCCCUGUGAAAUGUGCCCUGCUCAGCCUCAGCCAUGUCGUCGUGGUUUCAUCCCUAACAUUCGCACUGGAGCAUGUCAAGAUGUUGAUGAAUGUCAGGCUAUCCCUGGAGUCUGCCAAGGAGGAAACUGCAUUAAUACAGUAGGUUCCUAUGAGUGCAAAUGUCCUGCUGGUCACAGGCAGAAUGAGGCAACUCAAAAAUGUGAUGAUAUUAAUGAAUGCAGCAUCAUCCCAGGAGUCUGUGAAGGUGGUGAAUGUUCUAACACAGUGGGAAGUUAUUUCUGCCUCUGCCCCCGGGGAUAUGUCUCAUCUACAGAUGGCUCCCGCUGUAUCGAUCAGAGGACAAGUACAUGUUUCUCCAACUUAGUGAAUGGCCGCUGUGCCCAGGAACUUCCUGGUAGGUUCACCAAAAGGCAGUGCUGCUGUGAGUCUGGCCGGUGCUGGGCCAUUGGAUCUGUUCCAGAGAUGUGUCCUGUUAGAGGAUCUGAUGAACACCGCAGGCUUUGUGUGGAUGGUGUGCCUGCUGGAGGUGGUUCCAGAGGUGGUGGUGGGACUGGAGGAAAUGGAUUCCUUCCAGGUGGCAAUGGCAAUGGCUACAGCCCAGGAGGAGCAGGAUUCAUUCCCAUCCCUGGAAAUAAUGGUUUCUCCCCAGGUGUAGGUGGAGCAGGGGUAGGAACAGGUGGUCAGACCUCCACUGGAAACGGCCCAAUAAUAACAGGGCUAACAAUACUCAAUCAGACAAUAGACAUCUGUAAGCACCAUCCCAACCUUUGUUUAAAUGGACGUUGUAUACCAACCAUCUCUAGUUACCGUUGUGAGUGCAAUAUGGGGUAUAAGCAGGAUGCAAACGGUGAUUGUAUUGAUGUUGAUGAAUGCACGUCCAACCCAUGCUCUAAUGGAGAUUGUGUCAACACACCUGGUUCAUAUUACUGCAAGUGCCAUGCGGGUUUCCAGAGAACUCCUACCAAGCAAGCUUGCAUUGAUAUAGACGAGUGCAUCCAGAAUGGUGUCCUUUGUAAAAACGGCCGGUGUGUAAACACUGAUGGAAGUUUUCAGUGUAUUUGCAAUGCUGGAUUUGAACUGACUACAGAUGGAAAAAACUGUGUGGACCAUGAUGAGUGUACAACUACAAACAUGUGUUUAAAUGGGAUGUGCAUAAAUGAGGAUGGGAGUUUUAAAUGCAUCUGCAAACCAGGAUUUGUUCUGUCUCCAAAUGGGCGCUACUGUACUGACAUUGAUGAAUGUCAGACAUCGGGAAUUUGCAUGAAUGGUCAUUGUAUAAAUACUGAAGGAUCCUUUCGAUGUGAAUGUCCACCUGGCUUAGCUGUUGGAGUUGAUGGUCGUGUGUGUGUAGAUACUCAUAUGCGUAGCACAUGCUAUGGAGGUAUCAAAAAAGGAGCAUGCAUUCGUCCUUUCCCUGGUGCUGUGACAAAAUCUGAAUGUUGCUGUGCCAAUCCUGACUAUGGUUUUGGAGAGCCAUGUCACCCCUGCCCUGCUAAAAACUCAGCGGAGUUUCAUGGCCUGUGUAGCAGUGGAAUAGGUAUUACUGUGGAUGGACGAGACAGACAGGAAGACAGGCAGACAAAGAAAAAAAGAAAGGAGGAAAAAAAACAGAUAUACCAGACUUUCUUGGCAAAACAAUCCACAGCAGCACUGAUACUCCUUAUUUUUUAUUUUUUUUUCCCAGAAGCACAUUACUGUCCUAACAGUGUUUUUACUUUCUGGAUUAUAGAUAUAAAUGAAUGUGAAAGCAGCCCGUGUGUCAAUGGCGCCUGCAGAAACAAUCUUGGAUCUUUCAGUUGUGAAUGUUCACCAGGCAGCAAGCUGGACUCUACAGGACUGAUCUGCAUCGAUAGCCUGAAGGGGACUUGCUGGCUUAAUAUCCAGGACAGUCGCUGUGAAGUCAACAUCAACGGUGCUACACUGAAAUCUGAAUGCUGUGCUACUUUAGGAGCAGCUUGGGGCAGCCCAUGUGAGCGGUGUGAAUUAGACACAGCUUGUUCAAGAGGAUUUGCCAGAGUUAAAGGUGUUACCUGUGAAGAUGUAAAUGAGUGUGAUGUUUUUCCUGGAGUUUGUCCCAAUGGACGAUGUGUUAACAGUAGAGGCUCAUUUCACUGUGAAUGCCCAGAAGGACUGACGCUGGAUGGAACAGGACGAGUGUGUUUGGAUAUUCGCACGGAGCAGUGUUACCUGAAAUGGGAUGAAGAUGAAUGCAUUCAGUCUGUACCUGGCAAAUUUCGUAUGGAUGCCUGCUGUUGUGCUGUGGGUGCUGCCUGGGGCUCUGACUGUGAGGAGUGUCCAAAGCCUGGUACAAAGGAAUAUGAGGCUCUGUGCCCCAGAGGUCCUGGUUUUUCCAACAGAGGAGAUAUUCUAACUGGCAGACCAUUUUAUAAAGAUAUUAAUGAGUGCAAGGUAUUCCCUGGUAUGUGCAUGAAUGGUAAAUGCAGGAAUACAAUCGGAAGUUUCAAAUGUAGGUGUAACAAUGGGUUUGCUUUAGAUAUGGAGGAAAGAAAUUGUACAGAUAUUGAUGAGUGCCGGAUCUCUCCAGACUUAUGUGGAAGUGGUACCUGUGUUAAUACUCCUGGAAGCUUUGAGUGUGAGUGCUUUGAUGGUUAUGAAAGUGGGUUCAUGAUGAUGAAGAACUGUAUGGAUAUUGAUGAAUGUGAACGAAACCCUCUGCUAUGUAGAGGUGGCAUGUGUGUGAACACAGAAGGGAGUUUUCAGUGUGACUGUCCUGUGGGACAUGAGCUGUCACCAUCACGUGAGGAAUGCAUUGAUGUAAAUGAAUGCUCGCUAAGUGACAAUCUCUGCAGAAAUGGCAACUGUGUGAACAUGGUUGGAACAUACCAGUGUUCCUGUAACUCUGGAUACCAAGCCACAGCUGACAGACAAGGCUGCGUAGAUAUUGAUGAGUGUAUGAUAAUGAAUGGUGGCUGUGAUACCCACUGCACCAACUCAGAAGGAAGCUACGAAUGUAGCUGCAGUGAUGGCUAUGCUCUAAUGCCAGAUGUCAGGACAUGUGCAGAUAUUGACGAAUGUGAAAACAAUCCAGAUAUAUGUGAUGGAGGGCAAUGUACUAACAUUCCAGGAGAGUAUCGCUGUCUCUGUUAUGAUGGAUUUAUGGCUUCUAUGGACAUGAAAACUUGUAUUGAUGUGAAUGAAUGUGAUUUGAAUUCCAACAUUUGUAUGUUUGGGGAGUGUGAGAACACUAAAGGUUCCUUCAUUUGUCACUGCCAGCUAGGAUAUUCAGUCAAGAAAGGAACCACUGGUUGCACAGAUGUGGAUGAGUGUGAAAUUGGUGCUCACAACUGUGACAUGCAUGCCUCAUGUGUCAAUGUACCAGGAAGUUUCAAAUGUACUUGCAGAGAGGGAUGGUUUGGAAAUGGCAUUAAAUGUAUUGAUCUUGAUGAAUGUUCUAACGGAACACACCAGUGCAGUGUGAAUGCUCAGUGUGUGAACACCCCAGGGUCAUACCGCUGUGCCUGUGCUGAGGGAUUCACAGGGGAUGGAUUUACUUGCUCUGAUGUUGAUGAGUGUGCAGAAAAUAUUAAUCUGUGUGAAAAUGGACAGUGUUUGAAUGUCCCUGGUGCAUAUCGUUGUGAGUGUGAGAUGGGAUUCACUCCUGCCUCAGACAGCAAGUCAUGCCAAGAUAUCGAUGAAUGCUCCUUCCAGAAUAUAUGUGUAUUUGGUACCUGUAAUAAUCUACCAGGAAUGUUUCAUUGCAUCUGUGAUGAUGGCUAUGAACUAGAUAGAACAGGCGGAAACUGUACAGAUAUUGAUGAAUGUGCUGAUCCCAUUAACUGCGUUAAUGGUCUUUGUGUAAAUACUCCUGGGAGGUACGAAUGUAACUGUCCUCCAGAUUUCCAGCUGAAUCCUACUGGAGUGGGUUGUGUGGAUAAUCGUGUUGGCAAUUGCUAUCUGAAGUAUGGACCACGAGGGGAUGGAAGCCUAUCCUGCAAUACUGAAAUUGGAGUUGGAGUCAGUCGUUCCUCGUGCUGCUGCUCUCUGGGAAAGGCUUGGGGAAACCCCUGUGAAACAUGUCCCCCCAUAAAUAGCACGGAAUACAAUACUCUUUGUCCAGGAGGAGAAGGAUUCAGACCAAAUCCCAUCACUAUUAUUUUAGAAGACAUUGACGAAUGUCAGGAGCUGCCAGGUCUCUGCCAAGGCGGAAAUUGCAUCAAUACUUUCGGCAGCUUCCAGUGUGAAUGUCCAAAAGGCUACUACCUCAGUGAAGAGACAAGAAUCUGUGAAGAUAUUGACGAGUGUGUUGCACAUCCUGGUGUCUGUGGUCCUGGCACCUGCUACAAUACUCUGGGAAACUACACCUGCAUUUGCCCUCCUGAAUAUAUGCAAGUCAAUGGAGGACAUAACUGUAUGGACAUGAGGAAAAGCUUUUGCUACAGAAGUUAUAAUGGAACCACCUGUGAGAAUGAGCUGCCCUUCAAUGUAACCAAAAGAAUGUGCUGCUGCACAUACAAUGUUGGGAAAGCCUGGAACAAACCUUGUGAACCAUGUCCAACUCCAGGAACAGCUGAAUUCAAGAACAUAUGUGGCAAUAUUCCUGGCUUUACUUUUGACAUUCAUACUGGAAAAGCUGUUGACAUCGAUGAAUGUAAAGAAAUCCCAGGAAUCUGCGCAAAUGGUGUUUGCAUCAAUCAGAUUGGCAGCUUCCGCUGUGAAUGCCCAACUGGAUUCAGCUACAAUGACCUGCUCUUGGUCUGUGAAGAUAUUGAUGAGUGCAGUAAUGGAGACAAUCUCUGUCAGAGGAACGCAGACUGUAUCAACAGUCCUGGUAGUUACCGCUGUGAAUGUGCUGCUGGUUUUAAACUUUCACCUAACGGUGCCUGUGUUGAUCGCAAUGAAUGUCUGGAAAUUCCUAAUGUUUGCAGUCAUGGUUUGUGUGUGGACAUGCAAGGAAGUUACCAGUGCAUAUGUCACAAUGGUUUUAAGGCAUCUCAAGACCAGACUAUGUGCAUGGAUGUUGAUGAAUGUGAACGCCAUCCAUGUGGAAAUGGAACGUGUAAAAACACCGUUGGAUCAUUUAACUGUCUGUGUUAUCCAGGAUUUGAAUUAACUCAUAAUAAUGAUUGUAUGGAUAUUGAUGAGUGCAGUUCCUUCUUUGGUCAGGUGUGCAGAAAUGGCCGGUGUUUCAAUGAAAUUGGUUCCUUCAAAUGUUUAUGUAAUGAAGGAUAUGAACUUACUGUAGAUGGCAAGAAUUGCAUUGAUACUAAUGAGUGUGUGGCACUGCCUGGUUCAUGCUCCCCUGGUACCUGUCAAAAUUUGGAAGGAUCAUUCAGAUGCAUCUGUCCCCCAGGAUAUGAAGUGAAGAGUGAAAGUUGUAUUGAUAUUAAUGAGUGCAAUGAGGAUCCCAACAUCUGUCUCUUUGGCUCUUGUACAAACACUCCAGGAGGUUUCCAGUGCAUUUGUCCUACAGGUUUUGUUCUGUCUGAUAAUGGACGGAGAUGUUUUGAUACCCGGCAGAGCUUCUGUUUCACUAAUUUUGAGAAUGGGAAGUGCUCUGUCCCAAAGGCUUUCAACACCACAAAGGCAAAGUGUUGCUGCAGUAAAAUGCCAGGAGAAGGAUGGGGUGAUCCUUGUGAGCUUUGUCCAAAGGAAGAAGAAGUUGCUUUUCAGGACCUCUGCCCAUAUGGUCAUGGGACUAUUCCUGGAAUUGAUGAUACACGUGAAGAUGUUAAUGAAUGCCUUGAAAGCCCAGGGAUUUGCUCUAAUGGUCACUGCAUCAACACAGAUGGAUCCUUCCGCUGCGAGUGCCCAAUGGGAUACAACUUAGAUUUCACUGGAGUACAAUGUAUCGAUACUGAUGAAUGUUCAAUUGGCAACCCGUGUGGAAAUGGUACAUGCACUAAUGUGAUUGGCAGUUUUGAAUGCAACUGUCAUGAAGGAUUUGAGCCAGGCCCAAUGAUGAAUUGUGAAGAUAUAAAUGAGUGUGCUCAGAACCCCUUGCUGUGUGCUUUUCGAUGUAUCAAUACUUACGGGUUUUAUGAAUGCACCUGUCCAGUUGGCUAUGAACUGAGAGAAGACCAAAAGAUGUGCAAAGAUCUAGAUGAAUGUGCUGAAGGUCUCCAUGACUGUGAAUCAAGAGGCAUGAUGUGCAAAAAUUUGAUUGGUACUUUCAUGUGCAUUUGUCCUCCUGGAAUGACCCGGAGACCCGAUGGAGAAGGCUGUACAGACGAAAAUGAAUGCCGUACCAAGCCAGGUAUCUGUGAGAACGGUCGUUGCAUGAAUGUUAUUGGGAGCUACCGAUGUGAAUGUAAUGAAGGAUUCUUGUCAAGCCCGUCAGGCAUCGAGUGUCUUGAUAACCGCCAAGGCUUUUGUUUUGCUGAAGUUCUACAGACAAUGUGUCAGAUGGCCUCAAGCAGCCGGAAUCUUGUCACUAAAUCUGAGUGCUGCUGUGAUGGAGGCCGGGGCUGGGGUAACCAGUGUGAGCUCUGCCCACUUCCUGGAACCACCCAAUACAAGAAACUCUGUCCACAUGGACCAGGAUAUACUACAGAUGGAAGAGAUAUUGAUGAAUGUAAAGUCAUGCCAAACCUUUGUAGACAUGGACAAUGUAUCAACACUAUGGGCUCAUUCCGCUGCUUUUGCAAAGUUGGCUAUACAACUGACAUAAGCAGCACAUCUUGUGUGGAUCUGGAUGAAUGCUCGCAGUCUCCUAAACCGUGCAAUUUUAUCUGCAAGAAUUCAGAAGGGAGCUAUCAGUGCUCAUGUCCUCGAGGCUACAUCCUUCAAGAAGAUGGAAAGACGUGUAAAGAUCUUGAUGAAUGUCAAACUAAACAACACAAUUGUCAGUUUCUCUGUGUCAACACCCUUGGAGGCUUCACAUGCAAAUGUCCACCUGGUUUUACUCAACACCACACAGCUUGUAUUGACAACAAUGAAUGUGGUUCUCAGCCAUCACUCUGUGGAUCGAAAGGAAUUUGCCAGAACACUCCAGGAAGUUUUACCUGUGAAUGCCAAAGGGGAUUUUCUCUAGAUUCUACUGGAUUAAACUGUGAAGAUGUGGACGAAUGUGAUGGAAAUCAUAGAUGCCAGCAUGGCUGUCAAAACAUCCUAGGUGGAUACAGAUGUGGAUGCCCACAAGGGUAUAUUCAGCAUUACCAAUGGAAUCAGUGUGUUGAUGAAAAUGAGUGUUCCAAUCCUAACACAUGUGGCUCUGCUUCUUGCUACAACACACUUGGAAGUUUCAAGUGUGCCUGCCCUUCAGGAUUUUCUUACGACCAGUUCUCCAGUGCAUGCCAUGAUGUUAAUGAAUGUUCUUCUGCCAAGAACCCCUGCAAUUAUGGUUGUUCCAACACUGAAGGUGGUUAUCUUUGUGGCUGUCCACCAGGCUACUACAGAGUUGGACAAGGCCACUGUGUCUCAGGGAUGGGAUUUAACAAAGGCCAGUACCUGCCAGUGGACGGAGAUGCUGAUGAAGAAAAUGCUUUAUCCCCUGAUGCCUGUUAUGAAUGCAAAAUUAAUGGCUAUCCAAAAAAAGACAACAGAAAGAAGAGAAGUCUUAAUGAAACCAUUGAGGAGGUUAGCUUGGAAAGCCUGGACAUGGAUAGUCCUUUGAAGAUGAGAGUCAACAUUUCAAGGCUUGACAGCAAGGAGCACAUCCUACAACUCAUGCCAGCCAUUGAGCCUCUUACCAACCAUGUGCGCUACAUCAUCUCACAUGGCAACGACGACGGCAUUUUUCGAAUCCAUCAGAGGGAUGGACUCAGUUAUUUGCACACAGCUAAGAAAAAGUCAGUGCCUGGAACAUACACACUGGAAAUCACUAGCAUUCCUCUAUAUAAGAAAAAGGAGCUAAGGAAACUGGAAGACAGCAAUGAGGACAACUACCUCCUUGGAGAGCUUGGGGAAGCUCUCAGAAUGAGGCUGUGGCUAGAACUCUACUAGCCAUCUUCCAGACUGAGUCCAGUUCUUCAUUCACUUCUGUUUGUCUAUUUACCCACCUGAACAUAUCUGCUUUUCAUAGGUUUUAGAACAGUCACUGACUUUUGGGGGAUGAAGGGAGAAGGGAAGACUUCUCUCUAUUCUAUGGAGACUGCAGAACCACCCUUGCAAGAGGGGCAACUUGUGGCAAUCAUGAUUACUGUAUCUUUUAUAUAACCUCAAUUUAAAAGUAUAUUAAAAAGCUAAAGUUUGAGAGAUCAUCAUAUGGCACUAAAUGGCACAAAAAAAAUGUGAGCUAUUUUUUUCCUGUUAGCAGUCUGUAACACUUCGGGUAUUUUGCUAUAGUUCCUAAUUAAAAAAUAUAGAUGUUUAUUUAUUUUUAAUGCAGUAAUAUAUGGAGAAAAUAACAAAUUAUGUAAACAAAAAGGGAAACGUGCUUGUUUUUCCUUAGAUUUAUAAAUUUGAGCUAUAACAUUUUAGUGGUACUUUCUUAAAAAAAAAAAAGAUUUGAAAAAUGUUUCCUUUUGUAUUUGUGCCAGUCAUUCAAAUAGUAUAUAAGUAAUUUUAAAAUUUAUCAAAGCCGAAAGAGCACUGUGAUACAUCUUCCAGCUAUUCUAAAGUGCUCUUGCAAAACUUUGAGUCUUCAAAGGAAAAAAAGACUUAAAGGAACAUGAAUUGCAAUACUAGUCUCAGCAGAGAUCAUAUUUCACAGUAGGUUAAUAGGAUUGUAUCUCUGAAUCAACCACAUCAGAUAAAGUAAGAGGCACAACCACUGUAGCAAAAUACCUUGACUGCUUUUAAUACCAUUAGAAUGCAGAACCAAACUGUACUGUACUUCCUUCCAAUAACCUCAAGGAACCACACAUGCUAACACACCUCAUUCUCACAGAAGGUGCUCUACAUACUUGCAUUACUGUAGGCAGCUGAAGAAAACAUCACUCUGAAAGGGACACAUGAUGUUUCAUACUGUUUGGUGCUGGCUUGAGUUAAUGGUGCAUUUACUAAAAACUGAGAGCUGUAUCAGGACUGCCAUAUGUGCAAAUUAUUUAUGCAGUGCAGACAAGGAAAAUGUGUAUUUGAAAUCCAUUUGUUAGAAGUUUCAUUAAUACUGUAGUUAUACACCGUACGCCUCAUUUUAUCAUAGCUUAUUUUGUAAGAACGAUGUGUGUACAAUGAGUUGACAUUUAGUUUACUUUAGUAAUUUUUUUAAAAAAUGUUGUACCAUUAUGUGUUAAGUGUAUGUCUCUAUGGUGCUUUUUUUUACAGCUGGUGCUUGUAACCAGCUGUGUAACAGAAUCUCAUAUGUGAAAAAAGCCAAAGCACACGCUGACUCUAGGAUUGUUUCAGUCACAUAUCGGUGCUGACCAAAGAUUACUAUCAAGUUAUACUCAGUGGUUUUUCUUUUCUUUUGUUCUUUAUGGGGAUUUUUGAAAAAAAAAUAAAAAAAAAAAAAAGUAACAUUUUUAUUAAAAUGUUUGUAAGAAAAAAAAAGUUUUGUUUGUAGGUUUGUAUGACACUUUUCUUGCAAUAAAGCUUAUUUUCGGGUAGUUU